GAAGUUAGUAUCUAUAUGUGAGUUGCCAAGCUAUGUGCUCAGUAAACAAUCUUACGUAACGUCGCCUCCACGACUGAUUAAAUAUUAAUGGACAUAUCAAACCAGUUGAACAGAAUGGAUACACAAACGAAAAUAACACUUGACGACAUCAUCAAGAAAAAACUGAGCCCUCAACAACUGAGAGAGUACAACAGGAUUCACUAUGGCCAAGAAACCCUGAACGAACUCUACAUUGAUGAAGAUAUAACCUUAAAGUGCAAAGAAAAGGGUAUUGACAUCGCGGGAUACAAUUUCCCAGCCGCAAAAGAAGAAUCAAGGCCGCCAAGAAGAGUAAAAGUCGGUUUAAUUCAACAUUCCAUUGUUUUACCCACUGAUAAACUUGUAAAUGAACAGAGGAAAGCUAUAUUCAGCAAGGUCAGUGAACUAAUAGAUAUCGCGGCCUCGGCAGGAGUGCAAAUACUUUGUUUACAAGAAGCAUGGUCAAUGCCAUUCUUUCUUUGCACGGGAGAAAGGAAAAGAUGGUCAGACUUUGCGGAAUCAGCAACUGACGGCCCUAGUACAAAAUUCCUGCAAAAAAUAGCACAGAAGAAUAAGAUGGUGAUCAUAUCGCCCAUUUUAGAAAACGAUCAUGGAGUAUGGUGGAACACAGCAGUGGUAAUUGACGAGAAUGGCAAGUAUAUGGGGAAACAUCGGAAGAACCAUCUGCCUAGUGUAGGGAGCUUCAGCGAGAUUGGUUAUUACGAACCAGGUAACAUGGGACACGCUGUAUUUGACACUACGUAUGGAAAAAUUGCCGUCAACAUCUGCUAUGGACGCCAUCACGCACUCAACUGGUUGAUGUUUGGACUCAAUGGAGCCGAGAUUGUGUUCAACCCAGCGGCAACCAUCUCAGAGUUUGGCGAAUCAUUCUGGGGCAUAGAAGCUCGGAACGCAGCAAUCGCAAACAACUAUUUCACUUGCAGCAUCAACAGAGUUGGCACCGAAGUUUUUAACGUAAAGAAGGAUGAAAUAAGAGAACAUAAUACUAUGACUGUUUCAAGAACUUAUUAUGGGUCGAGCUACAUAACAGCUCCUAACGGAUGCCGAACCCCAUCUUUGUCCAGGGUGAAAGACGGUUUAUUACUAGGAGAACUCGAUUUAAACUUGUGCAGACAGGUGAAAGACCGGUGGGGAUUUAAUAUGACUUCUCGCCUGGACUUGUACGCAAAAGAAUUAGCUCAUAUUGUUCAAUGAAUUUUAAAUAUCAUUGUUUAAGUAAUAAAAUGGAAUAACCUUAA